AUGAUUGCAUUUCAGUUUAUCGGCGAAUGGCUGGUCGACCUGUGCAUCCACAUAAACUCGCAUCCGGGCACUCGCAGCCUCAUCGUGACCAUCGUGCCGCCCUUAGUCUUCUACAUCAUUUCCGUCGUCAGCUACGUGUUCAUCAUCCAGCUGCUGCUCUCCAGACGCAAGUCCUCCGCGUACCACCGUCAUUGGGGAUCCAUGUUCCGUCUCGGCAUCCAUUUGCUGCUCUUCGCCGGCACUUGUGCGCUCACCGGCACCGCCUAUCUCGGCUCUUUCUCGAUUGGCCAUUUCUGCGAGCAACACAGUUCGGUGAGUUCUUUCUUUUCAAAGUCAACGCCUUCUAUCAUCACUUCACCGCUGAGUGCCCCCUGAGAAAAGCCCGCGAAGUUCAAAUGGGGCUCCGCCCCUUCAGCGUUCAAUUCUUGCAAGUAGCGCGCGCAGUUUUCGCAACGCUGCCGCACACAUUGCUCUGAGCACCGAAUUCUUGAAAAUUAAAGCUGAAAAUUAUUUUUUUGUUAUCAAAACCUAUUCUGUCGCCUUGUUGGAUCUUCUUUUCCGAAAAAAAAAACACUAAAAACCGACGACAACGAAUUUUUUUUGUUUUGUUUUUUAGAACGAGCCAAUGUGUCUUGAAGCCGUGCUGGCGUACAUGUGGAACACUGCGGCGGCGCUGAUCGGCUGGAUCCUCCGGAUGGUCAUCGACGCGUCAGUGGACACGGUAGAUCUAACGUGCUCAUUUCUCACACAGACAAAGGUUAUUGGCAGCUGAACGAUGACGUUUUGCGGCGCACGUUCGUCAAAUGCAUCCGCCGUCGCUUGCCUUCUAACUUUACUAACGACGUAAAUUUGAGCGUUUCGCAAAUUCCGACCAAAUUGAACAAUUUGGAGGUUUGUUCGCAUGCGGAUCGUUGGUUUUUCUGCUUUUCUCGUGCACUGCUCGAUGUUUUCAUUUCGCAAAUUGCAAAGAAAUGCAAAAUUUGCAGGUUUCGUUCAACAAGACCUCAACGGGACCGUCGCGAAAAUCGGCAAGCGUUCAAAUGGAGUCGUUAAUCAAGAAACCGUCAAAAGUGCGAAGUGGCACGCUUUACGAAACCGAGGAAUUGGUUUGA